AUGUCCGAGGGUGGCUCCAUUCGACAGCGACGGACAUCUUCCAUGAACCAUAAUGGCAUUUCAUUUCCAGGAGGUCGUCCAAGUCCCAUACCGCGCCCUACAUCCCUGGCCAGCGUGCACAGUACUGCCUAUUCUGAAACAGAUCACUCUGAGAUACUCUCUCCAACGCCCAGGCGUCACUAUCUCAUCCAACAGCAAUCCUCGAAUUGGCUUCAGUCUGCUGUUGGCAGCGUCUCGCCUCCAAUAUCUCGUCCAAGCUCACCGUUGAAUCCAAAUCAUGCACAACUAUCUCCUCGCAAACACAAAGCCUCGCUCAGCUUUUCCUCGUUGGCCGAGCACAGAAAACCAAAGGGCGGCAAAGUUGCCGGUUUGAACGGUAGCCUAGCGCGUCGUUGGAUUCUGUUCGCCGUGUUGAUAAAGUGGUCGGUCGGCUUGGGCUCGUAUUCAGGGGAGAAUACUCCGCCGAUGUAUGGUGACUACGAAGCUCAGCGACAUUGGCUAGAGAUCACCUACCAUUUGCCGGUCAGGCUGUGGUACAAGUACGAUCUCCAGUAUUGGGGACUCGAUUAUCCUCCUCUCACUGCGUAUGUGAGUUGGCUAUGCGGCUUUAUUGCCCAUAAAAUCAACCCAGAGUGGGUCGCAUUAGACGACUCGAGGGGAAUUGGGUCAGCAACGAGCAAAGUCUACAUGCGCUUCACCGUUCUCAUCCUCGACCUCUUGAUCUAUAUCCCAGCGCUCGUCCAAUUCGCCCGCAACUCCUCUCUCCUUCGACACCGCUCUGCAAAAGCAAAGGAUGUUGCAUUGGCAACCAUUCUUCUUCAACCAGCCCUCAUCCUCAUCGACUCGGGUCAUUUCCAGUACAAUUCCGUCAUGCUCGGUUUCACCCUCCAUUCGCUCAACUUUUUCUCCCAAGGGCGGGAUUUGCUUGGUGCAUUCUGCUUUGUCGCAAGUUUGGGGUUCAAGCAAAUGGCUUUAUAUUAUGCGCCCGUGGUAUUUGCAUAUCUACUUGGGAAAUGCCUACUACUUGGCUGGAAGAGCGGGUACGUAAACGGGCCCAAACGUAUCAUAGCUAAUGUCCGAAAACAGUGUCCCGCAUUUGGCGUCAAUUGGAUUCAUAACCAUCGCUGGCUUUACCAUCCUCUUCCUCCCGUUCCUAUCCGAGUUUCCCCACACCUCAUCCCUCCAAUUCAGAGGAUAUUCCCCUUUGCGCGUGGCUUGUUUGAAGACAAGGUCGGCAACUUUUGGUGUGCGUCGAAUGUCUUUAUCAAGUGGAACCGGCACUUUUCCAAGGCAGUUCUCCCGAAGCUCGCCACCGGGUUCACGGCCAUUGCUUUCAUGCCCAGUAUGAUAGCACUAUUCGCCCCUGCGAUCAAAGGAUUUGGGACAAUGGAAAUGGCAGGCGAUCGGAGCAAGUCUUGUCAACCUUCGCCUACGUUUGCCCUCUUUACACACGCACUCUUCCAGACAUCCCUCUCUUUUUUUCUGUUUUCGUUUCAGGUGCAUGAAAAGACUAUACUGGUGCCGCUUCUUCCCCUAACUCUUCUCAUGGUCGCGAGCGCUCCAACUGUCGAAGGUGGAGACUGGGAAUGGGGUGUCUUAUUGAAUAACAUGGCAUGCUUUAGUAUGUGGCCGCUACUCCGGCGCGACGGGCUCACGGUCCAAUACAUUGGACUGCUAUCAUUGUGGAAUUAUGCCAUCGGUCACAACCCACUUCGCCAAUCUUCAUUGCGUCCCUUAACUCUUUUCGCGUAUUCGGCGGCGGCGGUGAUCCAAGUGGCUGAAUUGCUGAUCACUCCUCCAACUCGUUAUCCGGAUCUCUUCCCUGUUCUUAAUGCGCUCCUAUCAGCGGGAGUUUUUGGACUGGCGUACCUUUGGAGCCUCAAGCGGCUAGUCGAGAUUAGCUGGGCCAUGGGAACAAUCCGAACAUCAACAAUCACCUCCACUUCGGCUCCUUCGUCUCUAAGACCUAUCUUAGAGGAGCGUCGAUACCCUUCGUCAAAGGAGCUGUUCAACAACUUUGUGUCUGACAGUGCUGCCGCUGGCGGUGGGAACGACGCGUCGAAUCACACCAUUUCCUUGUCCACUCAUGACGUUUCUUCGCUCCGAAAGCGACAUGCUCCCUUGCACGCGACGUCUGAGGGCCAGGCCCCCUUAUCGGCGGGUGUUGUGGACCUCACCGAGUAA